AGAUGCAGAUGGUUAGCUGGACAUCCAGUCCCCAUGUUCAGAAGCCAUGAAUUCCAGAAAGUUGCUCUCAGAAACACGGAGAACGUUUCCUGCUGCUAAAGUCCCCUGCCAGCAGCCAUCGCGGAUUCUCGUCGUGGAUGUCACAUCCCCUUCCUGGAGCAACACGUGCUCUGUACUGUCGGAAGCUCUGGAAAACACACUCUGCUUGGCAUGCAGCUUGGCAGGCCCCUGCCGUGUUCCCCUGCUGAGCCUCUACGUGGUGCAGAACCAGCAGGAGUGUCUGCUUCCCUUUACGCAAGUGAAAGAAAACCUUGCACGAAUUCAAGGCUGCCUUUCAGAGCUCCGUUUGCUACCAGGAGAAGGCUGUUUCCCACAGGGGGGAAAUGGAGUGGUACAAGCUGUGCAGGAUGGAUUGCAACAGUUCAAACAAUACAGCAGACACACUGCAGCAGGAGGCUUAACAAAUAGUUCUGUUGAGAUCACAAUUUUGACUAGCCAGGCCAGCAAAGAAAUUGUAAAGCAGCUGGAAAAGAAGUUAAAAGAUAUAGACCUUAUGAGUCUGCGAAGAAUACAAGUCAUUGAGGUUUUGAAGAGAGACUUUCUGGAGCCUGAGGAUGUGGAACAGUGCAUUUCAGCAGAAGACCCCAGCAGCAACAUUGAAAUCCUGGGAAUGGACAUCGACGUGCAAACCAUAGAGGACAAUGCCAUCAGCUUGGAGAUGCUGUUUAAAACUUGGCUGCAUGACUAUGGCACAGAGAGAGAGCACCUCCAUCUCCUCCUGCCAUCAGGAGGCUUCAGCCAUGCCCCUGUACUCAGGACCACCCCAAUGUGCCUGAAGUGUGAUUUGCAGGAGAGAUUGCUCGACCCAGCUCUGCUUUCUGGGAUGGCUGAUGGCACCGUGAGAGCAGCGGGUUUGAACCCCCCCUGCCAGAUGGCAGCCUGGCCAGCGACAGCGCUGUAUAAACUCCAGGUUGUGAGGGCUCUGAAGUCUGAAGGGGUCUGUGAGUCUGUACUGUACGGCCUGCCUUUCAUCAUCAAGCCCACAAGCUGCUGGCAAUUAGACUGGGAUGAACUGGAGAUAAACCAGCACAGUUUCCAUGCCCUAUGCCACAGUCUUCUGAAAAGGAAGUGGAUGCUUUUGGCUAAAUGUGAGCCACAGAACACGAGUCCAAACUGGAACAUCGUGGUGCAUUCCUACUAUGUCAUUAUUCCUUCCGACUCUGCCACUCUACUUGUCAAAGCAGUUGCCACCAGAGAGCUUUUGUUGCCGUCAACCUUUCCAGCCCUCCUUGCUGAACAUCCUGAGAGCGUGCACGGCCCUGUAGAGAGUGCCCUGAACAGCCUGGAAGUGGAAGUUGCAUAUAACCCCUUGCACCUAAAAAGCAACCUGUACAAACACCUGAAAAGCAUGUUGUACAAACCUCUGCACAGGCAGCAGGCCCAGCACAGGGACCAGCGACCGGAGCGGCAUCAACCCAGGCAGCAUCAGAGCAAAGCCAAAGCCACAGUGACACCCCUUCUGAUGUCUGCUUCUCCUGUCCACACAUUCAGACCAGCCGCAGUGAGAAGAGACUCCUGUGAACGCUCCCUGCUCCCCAAGGAGUACGAGGAGUUCCUGCAGUGA